AUGUCUUCCCAAGACAACAUCUCCACCGACUAUGAGGCCAGCAAGGCCUCACAGCCUUGGCCCGAAAAGGGCGAAAAGGACGUUCAAUCCAACGUCCCCUACGAUCAAGAAGUCGGGGAGAUGACAGAGGAGGAACGUCGUGGCCACGCCAAAUAUAACCGUCUCGGUUGGAAGCGUCUUACCGUCGUGCUUCUAGUCGAGGCUAUUGCACUGGGAAGUUUGUCCAUUCCUUCGUCUUUCGCUACCCUCGGAAUGGUAGCAGGUGUCAUCUGCUGUAUUGGCCUCGGUCUCGUCGCUAUUUACACGAGUUACGUUGUUGGCCAGGUUAAGCUCAAAUUCCCUCAUGUCGCCCACUACCCCGAUGCUGGCCGUCUGAUGUUUGGUCGAUUUGGAUACGAGUUGGUCAACGUUAUGAUGAUACUGAUCCUUGUAUUCCUGGUUGGCUCUCACUGUCUAACCGGCACCAUUGCCUGGAUGAACAUCACCAGCAGCGGUGUCUGCUCUAUUGUAUGGGCUGUUGUCUCGGCUGUUAUCUUGUUCCUUCUGGCGCUGCCUCCCAGUUUCGCCGAGGUCGCCAUUCUCGGAUAUGUCGAUUUCGCUUCCAUCAUCAUUGCCAUCGGUAUCACUAUCAUCGGUACCGGAGUCGAGGCACACAAUGCUCCAGGUGGACUGUCUGCUGUUAAUUGGUCCGCGUGGCCGAAGGAAGGCACUACUUUCACCGAGGCUUUCAUUGCGGUCUCCAACAUCAUCUUCGCCUACAGUUUUGCCAUGUGCCAGUUUUCAUUCAUGGACGAGAUGCACACUCCUAAAGAUUUCGUCAAGUCUAUCUGGUCUUUGGGAGUUAUAGAAAUGAUCAUCUACACCUUGACCGGAGCCCUGGUUUACGCCUUUGUUGGACAAGAUGUCAAGAGUCCCGCACUCCUAUCGGCUGGUCACCUACUCAGCAAGGUAGCUUUCGGCCUCGCCCUGCCGGUCAUUUUCAUCAGUGGUUCCAUUAACGGCACUGUCGUCGGUCGCUUGAUCCACGGCCGCAUCUAUAAAAACUCACCGACCCGAUUCAUCAACACGAAAAUGGGCUGGAUUACAUGGGCUGCGUUGAUUGCAGUCAUUACGAUCUUUGCAUUCAUCAUCGCCGAAGUCAUUCCAUUCUUCUCGGAUUUGUUGUCUAUCAUGUCUGCGCUCUUUAUUUCGGGAUUCAGCUUCUACUUCCCCGCGCUGAUGUGGUUUAUAUUGAUCCGAGAAGGAAAAUGGUAUUCUUCUAAGAAUCUGUUUUUGUCUAUUGUCAACGGCAUCACAUUCAUCAUUGGUGCUAUAACACUGGUUGCUGGCACUUAUGCCAGUGUCGACGAUAUAAUAAACAACUAUAAGAGCGGUUCUGUCAGAGGUGUUUUUUCGUGCGCCAGUCCUGAAUAA